CUACGUGCUGUUUCCUGUGAUGCUCAAGAGAACAGGCAUCGCGUUUGCUUCUGGAAGGCGGCAUUCGAGCGUUUGUUAGAGCACCGUAGCCUGAUGUUUUGAAGCGUAUGAUCAUCUUUCUUGGAACUACAUGAGACGAAUCGUGGUUCGCGCGGCGAAGCUCGUCAAGCCCGCUGCGUAUGACUCCAUGUCCACGUCAUCGUCCACGUCAGCGUCCUCGUCAGCAGAAGCAGCGGCUGGCGGGGUGGUGCGGCUGCGGCCGCACGACGACUCGUCCGACGCGUCCGCGCCGCUAAUUACGCCGCUAAUCACGCCGCAAAUCACGCCGUCUCCGCCGGAUCCGCCGCGAUUCCAGCCUUUCGAGCUCGAUGCCGACGAUUCACCAAUCCCGUCCUCUCCGAGCCGCGCUCACGGUGACACGUGUCAUCGCGGCUCGGGAAGUCCUUGGCGGUUCGUCCUCGCAGCCUUCUCCUCCUGCCUCCCCCAGCCGGUCGCGCUCCUCGUCUCGUCCUACCUCGAAAGCUCCUCCUCUUGCUCCGUUACAAGCACACCCGUUACAAGCACAUUCUUUACAAGCACGCCCGCCAGAACGUCGUCUCACUCAAUAGCCAGCAACCUUUCCGCGUUAUUACCUCGUAGUUAUUCCCAUUCGCUUCUAGAUAUGCGCCGCUAUUCGCCACGUGUCCUCUGUCUACUGGCCCUCCUCCUCUUCCUCUGCCCUUCCCUCUUCUUCCUCCUCUUCCCCCAAUCCGCCUACCUCCUCCGAGCGUUCUCCGCCCUCCUCCAAUCCGACGGCGCCACGUGUCCGGCGUUCGUCACGGGCCUGUCCCACGUGUACCAGCUGAAUCCGCGCUUCGGCGCGCAUUUCGAGGGCGAGGCGGAAUUCGCGGAAUGGGACGCGCGGUGUGGGGGAGGGGGGAGGGGAGUGGGAAGGGGAGGGGGAGACGCUGGGGAAGGUGGGGAACGUGGCAGUGAUGGCGCCUCUAACGAAGAGGCUCUUAUGGGGGUUGAUUAUAGCUUGAGUGAAUAUUCCGCAGGUGCCUCAAAAGGGGAUUCUGGCGUGGCGGGGAGAAGGGAGCGAGCCACGCGGGAAAGAAGGCGGUGGGAGCGGGGGGGAAGCGGAAUGGGGAGGGGGAAGGUGGGGGAGGAAGGGGGUGGGGGGAAGGGGAGGGGGGAGGCGGGGUUGGGGGAUUGGAAGGAAUGGAGGGAGGAGGCGGGGCUUAGAAGACUGAGACGGCUAUUGGAGAGAGACGCGGAGAGAGUGCAGGUGCGCAGCCGGCAGCACAGUGCAGCAGCAGCAGCCGUGGCAGCAGCAUCAGGAGCCACAGUGCCAGGUGGUGGGCUGCGAUUGGUCAAGGGGUCGUCGGCCGCUGUGACUCGCAUCCACGGGCGCAUUUUCCCUGAGGGACUCUACUACAUUGCAGUGGGCCUGGGCACGCCACCGCAGACGUAUUUCCUUGACAUAGACACGGGGAGCCACGUCUCAUGGGUGACCUGUGACGCUCCCUGCGUGCACUGCGCUCAGGGCCCCAACCCGUGGUACGACCCCUCCCAUGCCUCUCCAGUCGAUUGCCGUUCCGACCUCUGCCGAGCCGCACAGACAGGCUUCAUCCGAGGCUGCUCGUCAGGCUCGGAAGACCAGCCUCCAGGCUCGGAAGCUGCCAAAGCCGAGAGCUUGGAAGGGGGAGGCGUGGGGCUGGAGAAAGGAGAGGUGGGGAGGGGGAGGGGAGGAGGUGGAGGAGAGAGUAGUGGGAAGGGAGGGGAGGGGGAGGAGGGAGGGAGUGGAAAGAUGGUCCAUGCCAAGCCACGGCAUUUGCAAGAGGCUGUUAGAGAUAUGAGUGCUGGUGAUGCUGGUGGUGCUGGUGGUGCUGCUGGUGGUGGUGACAGUAACGAGAGUGACUUUAAAGAGAGUGACAGUAACGAGGAUGGCAUUAACCAGUGUGACUAUGACAUAGUGUACGCAGAUGGGAGCAGCUCCCAGGGCGUGCUUGUAACGGAUAGGUUACUGUUCCUCCACCCGUCAGGCACACUCAAGGCAGCGCAGUUCACAUUCGGCUGCGCCUACGACCAGGAGGGCGACCUCGCGAUCUCACCCGCUCGGUCCGACGGCGUGCUGGGCCUCGGCCCCUCCAACCUCUCCCUGCCCGCCCAGCUGUCAAGGGCAGGGGUGGGUCGCAACGUGUUCGGGCACUGUCUGGAUUCGGCAGCAUCUGGGGGAGGUUACUUCUUCAUUGGGGACGCGCUCUUGCCCACGGCCGUCACGUGGACGCCCCGUGCCUCAACCAGCGACACCCGCUUUUAUCACGCGUCACUUCUCCACGUCUCCUACGGUUCCAAAAAGCUUCCCACCAGCCCCUCCAAGGUGGAGCGAGAUAACACUGGGAGCUCGCCGUCUGCUUAUAAUGAGGAUGGAGUGGAGAGCGGAGGGGCUAUUUUUGACUCUGGGUCGUCUUUCACAUAUCUUACUGCUACUGCCUUCGAGCCGCUGCUGCUGAUGGCAUCAGCCGAUGCAGCAGCAGCAGGCCUACAGCGUGACACCACCGCCACUGUGCUGCCCCACUGCUGGAAGGCAGGGAAAGGGGCACCAGAGAUCAGAUCCGUUGCUGACGUGGCAUCUCACUUCGCUACACUCACCUUUGCGUUCAAGUCACACUCCAUCUUCUCCUCAUCGGCCGACCUCACUGUCGCUCCCUCCACAUACCUUUUCUCGCCGGGGCGUGGCACAGUGUGUCUUGGCAUUCUGAACGGAGAGGAGUCACUCGCAUUAGGCAGUGCUUCCCGAACCAUCAUCGGAGAUAUUGCGAUGCGUGGCUAUCUUGUAGUGUAUGAUAAUGAGAAUACGAGGAUUGGUUGGACCUCAGCUGAUUGCUCCUCCAAAUCAUAAAGUUUUACACUGUGUGCUGUGCCAUUUGUAUAUAAUGUGUUUUCCCACGCGUGUUGCAUACAUUUUUUUUUUUUUAAUAUUGGCUCAGUAAUGGG